AUGGCGGCAGCCUCGCCUCCCUCCCUCCACCUCGCCCUCCUCCUCUUCGCAGUCCGCGCGGCCGUCAGCGGCGCCGCGGGGGCGGUCGGGGUGAGCGGCGGCGGGCAGCUGUGGUGCGUGGCGAAGAACAACGCCGAGGACGGCGCGCUGCAGUCGGCCAUCGACUGGGCCUGCGGCCCCGACGGCGGCGCCGACUGCCGCGCCAUCCAGCAGGGCGGCGCCUGCUACGAGCCGCCCGACCUCCUUGCGCACGCCUCCUACGCCUUCAACGACUACUUCCUCCGAUCCGGCGGCGCCGCCAGCCCCGCCGCCUGCGACUUCUCCGGCGCCGCCGCGCUCAUCGGCCUCAACCCUAGUCAUGGGAACUGCGUGUUUCCUUCCAGUUCAUCCCCCAGAAAUGGCAGCUUCACAGGAAUAACAACCUAUGGUCGGACCGGUGCAGAUUUAAGCCAAAGUUCUUCAUGGCAACUCAACACCUGGUCAUUUAUUUUGUGCAUAUCUCUGUCUGCAACAAUUUUUGUUGUCUCGCGUUUCUGA